AUGGAGAUAAAUCUCUUUUGCAGCGAAAAGGGCUUGCAAGAGUGUGUUGAGAGAUACCAUGGUGAUAAUCUUAUAAGUCAAUUACCCGAUGACAUUCUCCUUAUUAUCCUAUCUUUCCUCCCAUUGAAAGAAGCUGGGCGAACAAGUGUUCUUUCUUCUCGUUGGAGAAACCUGUGGAGUUACAUCUUACAUCUCAACUUUGAUGACUAUAGCUCGAUGGAGAAGGUUAUGCUGGAUCCAACAUUUCACAGUGUCAGUGUUGAGAGGGAAAAGUAUGUAAAGUGGGUGGAUUCGGUUCUCCAAUUACACCGAGGGUCUACCGUGAAAGAAUUAAGAAUAUGCUUUAGUUUAGUCAAAUCAGCCACAAAGUCAAUUACGAAGUGGCUUGAGUUUGCUUUUGAGAGGCACACUGAAAAAUUGGAGUUGAACCUUUCAGAUGGUGACUGUGGUCAUCCCCCAGAUGAAACGUACGUGUUUCCUCAAGAGAUAUGCAGUUCAGACCGUCUUUUCAACUUUAAGCCCAUAAAAAUGUUGUUCUUGGGCAGUGUUCAAGUCUCUGGUGAAACUAUUGAGUUUCUCUUACGUGGCUGCCCAUUGCUCGAGCAGUUAAUUGUCCGUUCCUCCGAUUAUUUGACACGUCUUGAAGUUUGUGGACCAUCCCUUGUAUUAAAGCAUUUGGAGAUAUGGAUGUGCAAUUUAAAAUCCUUAAGAAUUUCUGCUCCGAAACUAACUUCACUUAUACUUUAUAAAAUAGAAGGCCUCUUGCUUGAGGACGUUCCAAUGCUUACUAGUGUUCAUGUGACAUUUGCGGACACUCGGCCUUCUACUUCAGAGAGAUUAAUUUCUACAUUGCUUUGCUGUCUUUCCCAAUUGGAGAUUCUCACCUUGAACAUUUGUUGUAAGAGGGAGCUUUUAUGGAUGCUCAAAUUCCCCAUGAUGCCUAAACUUAAGAAGUUGGUCAUCAUUGAAGGUUUAAGUGGUGUGGACUCGAGUCUUCUUGGCCUAGCUAAUUUUAUCAGUGCAUCGCCCAACCUGCAAGAAUUUGAGAUACAGCAAAGGUGGUUUAAAGCUGAAAGGUCAAACAACGAAAUUCAGAAGGGAUUUAAACACUUCCCACUGCACCAGCACCUGAAUGUUUUUCGGUUUUUAGGUUAUUAUGCUUGCCCGAGUGAUUUUGAAUUAGUCAACUACUUGUUGGAGAACUGUGUCGCGCUUAAGCAAAUCUUUGUUGAUACCCAAACUCAGCUACGUGGGGGCUACGAUCCUUUUCUUCCUGAAGAAAUAGAAUUGGCUGAAAUAGCAAAGGGUUACGCAAAACAGCAGCUGGAGCAGUUAGUACCUAACCACAUUAGCUUAUUUAUAUGCUAA